AUUCGUGGAACCAUCAGGAAGACAUACACACAACACAUCCUUAUAAAUACAUGCGUCCAUCAAGCGUUCGACGAAAUGCCUGAACCAAAAAACAGGCAGUUACUUUACAAUUAGGGCUUUUUUUUCAAAUUACAAAACUGCAAUUCCAAUGGCGUCGUCUCAAGAAGAAAAGGGGUGCUUCGGAAACCUAAUUGGUCGAAUCAUUGGAACUGCAAAGGAUGCCCAAAAAUUAGGAAAGGAAGAUCCUCGGAGAAUCGUGCAUUCACUGAAAGUUGGAUUAGCCAUAUCCUUAGUUUCCUUGUUCUACUAUUUCGAUUUCUCCUAUGAAGGCUUCGGCGUGUCUGCAAUGUGGGCUGUAAUGACUGUCGUUGUAGUCUUCGAGUUUUCCGUAGGGGCGACGCUUGGGAAAGGAAUCAAUCGAGCGAUUGCUACGUUGCUGGGUGGAGCAUUGGGCGUGGCGUUGCACAGAUUGGCAAGCUUUGCAGGGGAAAAGAUCGAGUGUGUAAUUCUUGGGAUAUCUGUUUUCUUGAUUGCCUCUGUGGCGACGUAUGUUCGAUUCUUUCCUAAGGUGAAGGCGAGGUUCGAUUACGGGCUUCUUAUAUUCAUCCUUACAUUUAGUUUGAUCUCGGUUUCCGGCUACCGGGACGAUGAGGUUAUCGACAUGGCCUAUAAGAGGCUGUCCACGAUCCUCAUAGGCGGCGCUGCCACUGUUUUCAUUUGUGUGUUCGUGUGUCCGGUCUGGGCGGGUGAGGAUUUUCACAAACUAACUGCAGCCAAUGUCGACAAGCUUGGGAUUUUCUUGGAAGGUUUCGAGCGAGAGUACUUUCACGGAUCAAAGAAGGGAAGUCAGGACAAGACGGCGUCUUUGUCUCAAUACAAGAGUGUCCUAAACUCGAAAGGGAUCGAGGACUCAUUGGUGAAUUUUGCGAAAUGGGAGCCUCGACAUGGUAAAUUUAGGUACCGACAACCUUGGAACCAAUAUCUCAAGGUUGGAUCUCUUACAAGAGAGUGCGCGUACAAGAUCGAUGCGUUGAAUGCCCGUCUCAACUCGUCUGUGCAGGCGCCAAUGGAAGCGCGCGCAAGAAUUCAAGAACUAUGUUCAAAAAUGUGCUCAGAGUGCAGCCUCGCCCUUCGGGAGCUCGCAACGGCGAUCAACACAAUGACAAGGCCAUCGACAGUCGACUCCCACGUUGUCAACGCCAAGACCGCGGCCCAAAAACUCAAAUCCUGUCUGAAAACCAAAAGCAGCCUCUGGCCCGACAUGGAUCUCCUCGACGUAAUCCCGUUGCUCACGGACGCGUCUCUGCUGAUCGACAUCGUGUCAUGCACCGUCAAGAUAACGGACUCCGUCCACGAGCUUUCGUCGAAGUCGAAAUUCAAGGCCCCGCCGGAGAAUAAAAUGGCGAAACAAACGAGCCGUGAAAGAGCAGCGAGAAGUACGAGCAUAGGGUCACAUAGUUUUACCAUUACAGUCGAGUAAUUUUACUUUUACGUGACCUAACGUUGUUUGUUACCAUACCGUAGGUCACUUGGUAGUGUACGGACAAUUUUCAGGGCCUUUGGCUGUCCGUACGAACGGAAAACGUAUUUGUUAUGUGUAUGUAUAUUAUUAGAAAAUAAAUAAGGUUAUAUCCAA